GUCUUCAGGUGAAAGUAACAGAGAAUGAGGCACAGAGUGUAAAACUGACCUGUAGCAGCACCUGCACUUUGAGUGGCAGCCCAACCUUGACCUGGUACAAGAAUGGAACAGUUGUGCCCUAUGAAAAAAAAUACUCCCUUAAUUUAGCCAGCACUGAUGAUACAGAUCUCUACUCCUGUGCUACAGGAGGAGUCACUUCCCCUGCAGUCAAUGUGAAAUGUGUGAAGGUGGAAAUAAAUUCAGACACAGUGUCAGGGGGAGAUUCAGUGGAACUGACCUGUACAGCAACCUGCACUCACCUGACUGAGAGCAACAGCUUCAUCUGGUACAAGAAUGAGCAGCUUCUGACUGGCGACUACAGGUUCUCCCAGUCCGACAGAAACCUAACAUUCACAGCCAGAAGUGAAGAUACGGGCAGAUACUCCUGUGCUGUAGAAGGCUAUCAGCAUCUUGUUUCCCCUGCCGUGACUCUCAGUGUGAGAUGUGUGAAGGUGGAUAUAAAUUCUGACACAGUGUCAGGGGGAGAGACAGUGGGACUGACCUGUACAGCAACCUGCACUCACCUGACUGAGAGCAACAGCUUCAUUUGGUACAAGAAUGAGCAGCUUCUGACUGACUACUACAGGUUCUCCCAGUCCUAUGGAAACCUUAAAUUCACAGCCAGAAGUGAAGAUACGGGCAGAUACUCCUGUGCUGUAAGAGGCAAUCAGCAUCUUGUUUCCCGCGCCGUGACUCUCAGUGUGAGAUGUCUAAAGGUUGAAAUGAAAUCUAGCACAGUGAGUGAGAGAGUGAGGGUGACACUAACCUGCAAUAUCACCUGCACUGACCUGACUGCCAACCAAACAUUCAUCUGGUACAAGAAUGGGCAAUUUCUACAAAACACCACCAGAAAUAUGAAAAUCAUAACUACAUUCAGUUCAAAGCCAGCAGUGGAGAUGCAGGCAGCUAUCUCCUGUGCAGUAAGAGGUCAUGAGAAUCUCCCGUCCCCAGCAGUGACUCUCAGUGUGAGAUAUCCUCCUAACAACACCUUAGUAUCAGUGAGCUCCUCUGGUGAAAUAGUGGAGGGCAGUUCAGUGACACUGACCUGCAGCAGUGAUGCCAACCCACCAGUGCAGAACUACACCUGGUAUAAGAAGAAUGACACUGGAGUCUGGCAGGCAGGAUCUGGACAGAGUUUGAACUUUUCUAACUUUAGAUCCUGGAACAGAGGACAGUACUACUGUGAGGCACAGAACAGACUUGGAGCUCAGAAUUCUUCUGCUAUACUGGUCACAGUGCAAGGAGGUCAGUCACUGAUCAUGGCUGCAGCUGUGGGAGUGGCUGAAAUGUUGGCUCUUGUGUUUCUGUGUGUGUGCCUGAGGAGGAGAAAAUCAACAAAUGAGACAGAAGGGGACAGGCAGGGGAAUAAAAGUCCCAUUGAUGGCAACUUCUCAGAGAUGGCAAUGAGUCACACUGGAACACAGGGUCACCAGCCCCAUCCGUAAAGGAAGACUGUGUUCUCUACAGCACACUUCGAAAACUGGACAUGUGAAAAUAAACCAGGAAGAUAUCUUGCUUCAUAAACUGUGGACCAAUGCUGGUUAUUCAGUGUAAAUUUGAACAUUUCUUUUGAAUGUGUGAGCAUUUUCUGAGUUUUUUCUUGAACAACAGAUUGUCUGCAAAGUAAGGCGGUAUGAACCAAAAAUUUCCUUCACUGGAUGAUACAUUUAAGAGUAUUUAUUAAAACCAGUGAACAUAAACUCUCCUCAUGAACUCAGGUCACAUGCUGUGCCUUUGUCACAUGACCAGGAUGACUGUGGUUAUUGGAGUCUGCAAAGAUGUACUCAGAAUGGAUCAUUCCUUUGGCAUUCUAUCAACAUUUACAUGCAUAACAGCUCAUGUCUUCAUAUUGUACACAAAGUAUUAUCAUGAUGUUGGUGCCUGAAAGCCAUUAUCAUUGCUGAAUGUAUUCGUUGGCCAAAUGUACUGGAGAAAUGGGCUUUAUAUGUAAUUCAAAGAUUAUUAUUAUUAUUUUUAUUAAUACUUGUAUAACAUUUACUAUUACAGACAUUCUUGUGCACAUUUUGUGAUUAUAUUAUGCUUAUUACUGAACUGAUCCCGUGUAGAGUGUAAACUCACAUAAUUUAAAUUUGUUCUUCACAUUCA